AUGAGCAUCAAAAAACUCACAAAGGAGGAGAAAGAGUCGCAGUGCCGGCGGGAAAUCGACCCAGAGGCGGAGAAGUUGGAAAGUUUGAGAGAAGCCGACGAGGCUAUGGUGGAGAAGAAAAGGGUGCAGGAAGUGCCUUUAAGGGGCUACGACAUCUCUGUGCUGCAACAAGAGCUCCAAGAACAGAUGCAAACGCAAGACCAGCAGCAGCAGCAACAGCAAGUCGUUGAGAUGUUCGUUGAGCAACGGUUCUGUCCCCAUGACUUUUCUGUCAUGAAGAAGUGCAAGAGGGACUUCAACGUCCUUUGCCCUGAGAACUGGACAGAGGAAGAAGACGGCAUUUGCCAAGCACCUUUCUCCUAUUCCGGAGAGGACUGCGAGGCCCCGGAAGAGUACAGCGGGCCCUGCAGCAGACAUGAACCAGCAGCAGCAAACGCAGAGAUAAAAAUGCUGCUAGAAAAAAAAUGUUUGGUGCUGUUCCCCUGUCUUACUCUGUGCCCUGAUGGGCCCUCUUCGCCCUGUCCUCUCAACUGGACGCUAAGCCAAGGAUCCUGCACCCCACCAGCAAACUACUUAGGCCCAUGCGACAAAGGUCUGCCACCGCUCGACUUGCAGCAGCAGCAGCAGCAGCAGCAGCAACAACAACAGCAGCAACAGCAGCAGAAAAUGAAAGAGAUCGCCGUGGCCUGUGGAGUUUCUUUUGCUUACAGCCCAGCAGUCCUCGACCCGUCCCUGCCUUUGGGGGCCCUGUUGACGCCUCCACGGGAGAAGUUGUGCAGCCAUGAGAACCAGCAGCAGCAGCAGCAGCAAAUCCUAUCAGCAGCAGCAACAGCAGCAGCAUAUCUUAUUAGCAGCAACAGCAACUGCAGCAAGUGCAGCGCAGCACCAUGA